CGUGGCCCGGUGAAGCCGGCAGUUGAGGUACGGAGGGAAGCUGUAGUGGGAGUGUUCGAGCGUUCGCUUUGUGCAUUAAAAGUAGAAGUUUACUGCAAAGAUGGCAGAUCCGGAUGUCCUCACUGAAGUUCCAGCUGCAUUGAAGAGGUUAGCCAAGUAUGUGAUCCGAGGUUUUUAUGGCAUUGAGCACGCGUUGGCCUUGGACAUCUUGAUCCGAAAUCCUUGUGUGAAAGAAGAGGAUAUGCUGGAGCUGCUCAAGUUUGAUCGGAAGCAACUUCGGUCAGUUUUAAAUAAUUUAAAGGGAGACAAAUUCAUCAAAUGCAGAAUGAGAGUAGAGACUGCUGCAGAUGGGAAAACCACUCGCCAUAACUACUACUUUAUCAAUUAUCGUACUCUUGUUAAUGUGGUAAAAUAUAAAUUGGACCACAUGAGAAGAAGGAUUGAAACCGAUGAAAGGGAUUCCACCAACCGGGCUUCCUUCAAAUGUCCUGUCUGCAGUAGUACUUUCACAGACUUAGAAGCCAAUCAGCUUUUUGAUCCCAUGACAGGAACUUUCCGCUGUACUUUUUGUCAUACAGAGGUAGAAGAGGAUGAAUCAGCAAUGCCCAAAAAAGAUGCACGCACACUUUUGGCAAGGUUUAAUGAACAAAUUGAACCCAUUUAUGAAUUGCUUCGAGAGACAGAGGAUGUGAACUUGGCCUAUGAAAUACUUGAACCAGAACCCACAGAAAUCCCAGCCCUGAAACAGAACAAGGACCAUGCCACACCUACUGCUGGAGCUGCUGGCCUACCAAGUGGGCACCACCGUGAAGCAUGGACUACCAAAGGUCCCUCUUAUGAGGACUUAUACACUCAGAAUGUUGUCAUUAACAUGGAUGACCAAGAAGAUCUUCAUCGAGCUUCACUGGAGGGGAAAUCUGCCAAAGAGAGACCCAUUUGGUUGAGAGAGAGCACUGUCCAAGGGGCAUAUGGGUCUGAAGAGAUGAAAGAAGGUGGUAUAGAUAUGGAUGCAUUUCAGGAGCGUGAGGAAGGCCGUGCGGGGCCUGAUGAUAACGAGGAGGUCAUGCGAGCACUACUCAUUCACGAGAAAAAGACUUCUUCUGCUGCAGCGGGCUCAGUGGGGGCAGCGGCUCCUGCUGCAGCUGCCAACGGCAGUGACUCUGAGAGUGAGACCAGUGAGUCGGAUGAUGACUCUCCACCGCGACCAGCGGCUGUGACUGCACAUCAUCAGGAAGAGGACGAGGAGGAGGAUGAGUUUGAAGAAGUAGCAGAUGACCCCAUUGUUAUGGUGGCUGGCCGUCCAUACUCCUACAGUGAAGUGAGCCAGGGGCCAGAGCUGGUGGCCCAGAUGACACCCGAAGAGAAAGAAGCGUACAUAGCAAUGGGACAGCGUAUGUUUCAGGACCUCUUCGAGUGAGCUUUCCCUCCCUUUUCCUCUUUUCAAAAAGAUAUUCCCCAUCUUUGAAGAAAAGUGGUUAAGUGGCUUUGUGCCCCUGUGGAUGUAAAGCAGCUGGUAUCUUUGUUUUACACAAAGAAUAAUGGGUAAGAAAGUUUGAUUUUUUUUUUUUUUUUUUGGUACCAGAAAUUUCCUAGCAAGGCAGGUUUGCUAUAAGCAUUCCUUUCCCUGCUACUAUUACAGUAUUAAUAUUUUACUGUAUUUCAUUAUCUAAUUUGUGUUCUUUUCUAAGACACAUUUUUCCGCCUCUUCAAAUGAGUUCGGGAGGUCUGUAAGGUGAUUUCAUCAUGUCUGCCUAUGCAAGCCUACUAUGAUAAAUUAGUCACUCAUCACAUCCUUUUAUCUGUUCUGACCAAGCAUUCCAAACAAUUCUUGAUUUUGCUUUCAGCCAAAGCAGCUUUCCAAUGAGCAAAUCAUUGAUUAGGAGAGAAAAGUCAUUUCCCCCAAAUUAAGUUUGGGGUUAAUAUGUAGGGGGAAGUAGGGGAGUAUAUAAGAGGGAAGGCUAUGCCUGAAUUUCAUGAUCAAUGUCUAAACCUUACACAUUAGAAUUUGUGUCCUUAGAAUUGAUCAGACUGCUAGAUUCUGUUAUCUUGCUUAAUUCCUUUUAGUUUGGACUUUGGGUGGUAGAAAACAAAGUAUAUUUGGUAAAUUCCUUUGAAGAAAUUAGAAAAAAUAUGUCCUUAGGACAAGGAGUCCAUUGUAAAGGAUUGAAGAUUGCAGAGUAUUGGAAAUAGUGCCUUAGAACUGCCUGGGUUUGGGAAUUCUUGAAUAUAAAGCUGAGACUGGUUCUGUGAAUUUUUCUCUACUUUUACAGAUUUCCUAUCAAUGCUUUAAAUUGUUUAAUGAGGCCAUUCCAGCAGAAAUGAGCAUAGAAUAAUUGAUUACUCUUCCCUUGCUCACAUACACUCUUUAAAUGUCGUAGAAGGCUUUCUUUGUCUCUUUUUUGAUUCUUAUCAGACAUGGUGUUUUAGAGUGUGUAUUUUUAAGCAUUGUAACCUCAAAAGAUAGAGUUUCUAAUGUGUACCAUGGCAUUAUUCCCUAAGAAAGAACUUUAAAAAUGAAGAACUUGCAUACAAGGAUCUAUGAUGAUUAUCUUUUUGUAAUGUUUUUCUUUGCAUUGUAAUUUUUAAGUAUUUAUCACUAUAUAGUACAUGAGUGAAGUUACCAUAGUGUUUUAGAGUAUUAGAGUCUUGUAUGAAGUGAUGUUUCAUUUACCUGGGUUGUAUUAAUGAAUAUUGACAAUAAAUCUAUUUUAUGCUGACUGAAAGUUGUUAAUUUCCAGCUCUGUAACAUCUUGAAGCAUAAUUAAAAUGAAUAUUCUUCCCAUUA